GAGGAGGGACCGAAGGAGCGCGGAUCCCGGUUCUCCCGAUCGCAAACUCCGAGCUACAGCUUUCCGCGCGCACCCGAGCUUCUGGCCGCCUGCUCAGCCCGACGCCGAAGCGGGGCGCAGUGGGAGCCCGUGCAGGGCGGGCGCGGGGCGGCGGCGGCGGCCGUCCAUGCGGCGUGCUCCGGGCUGCCGGGCGCCGGGAAGCACGCGGGGGCGAGGCGAGGCGGCCGCCGGCCGAUCCGGGACGCGGACCGCCAGGAGCCGGACACCACUCCCACCUGUGGAAAAUUAGUAACAUCUCAGAGGCGCCCUUGCUUUUUCCGGGACGCCCAGCAUCAUGGUUUCUCAUUUCAUGGGGUCGUUCAGUGUCCUGGGUUCCCUCCUGCUGCUUGGACUCCAGCUCGUCUGCCCACAGCCCUCCACUGAACACAGAAAGGUCCCGCAGCGGAUGGCGGCAGCCCAGGGCAUCCCCGAGGACAGUGGCGGCGGCGGCUCCCCGGGCGUGUGGGGCGCCUGGGGGCCCUGGUCCGCCUGCUCUCGCAGCUGCAGCGGCGGCGUGAUGGAGCAGACGCGGCCCUGCCUGCCCAGCUCGUACCGCGCGCGGGGGGCCCUGCGGCCCGGAGCGCCCCCGCGCGCCUUCGCGGGCCACGUGGUGUCGGCCGUGCGCACGUCGGUGCCGCUGCACCGGAGCCGCGAGCGCCAGGAGCUGCGCGCCCCGGUCGGCCCCGAGGCCAGCCGCCAGGGCCCGGGGUCGCGGGGCAGCCGGCACCCGCAGGCGCGGGCCCGCGACCCCACCGCGGAAAGAAGGAGCAGGACCCGCGGCCCCAUUGGCCCUGGCAAGUAUGGCUACGGUAAGGCCCCGUACAUCCUGCCACUGCAGACGGACUCGGCACACUCGCCGCAGAGGCUUCGGAGGCAGAGGCCUUCCAGGUCGCAGGGGGCAUCGGGUCCCAGCCACGGCUACAGCCCGCCGGCCCACCGGGCUCCCCAGCACGGGUCUCUGUACCAGAGUGACGGGGGCCCCCGUUCUGGACUGCAGACCUCCGAGGCCUCCGUCUACCAGCUGCCGUUGACCCAUGACCCAGGCUUCCCCGCAGCUUCCAGUCUCUUCCACGGCCUGGAAAGCGGCAGCAGCCACGACCCGGGGGCCCCCAGGGCAGCGCAGAGCUCCUCACAGCCUGCCCGGUCUGCAGCCAUCUCCUGCAUCGGGGCCUACCGACAGUACAAGCUGUGUAACACCAACGUGUGUCCAGAAAGCAGUAGAAGCAUCCGGGAAGUCCAGUGUGCAUCCUACAACAACAAGCCCUUCAUGGGCCGCUUCUAUGAAUGGGAACCGUUUGCAGAAGUAAAGGGCAACCGGAAGUGUGAGUUGAACUGCCAGGCAAUGGGCUACCGCUUCUACGUCCGCCAAGCUGAGAAGGUCAUUGAUGGUACCCCCUGUGACCAGAAUGGCACGGCCAUCUGCGUGUCUGGGCAGUGCAAGAGCAUUGGCUGUGACGACUACCUGGGCUCAGACAAGGUGGUGGACAAAUGCGGGGUGUGCGGCGGCGACAACACAGGCUGUCAGGUUGUGUCGGGCGUGUUCAAGCAUGCCCUUACCAGCCUGGGCUACCACCGUGUGGUCGAGAUCCCCCAAGGAGCCACCAAAAUCAACAUCACCGAGAUGCACAAGAGCAACAACUAUUUGGCUUUGCGAAGUCGUUCCGGCCGCUCCAUCAUCAACGGGAACUGGGCGAUUGACCGGCCGGGAAGGUACGAGGGUGGAGGGACCAUGUUCACCUACAAGCGUCCAAAUGAGAUCUCAAGCACCGCUGGAGAAUCCUUUCUGGCUGAAGGCCCCACGAAUGAGAUCUUGGAUGUCUAUAUGAUCCACCAGCAGCCCAAUCCCGGAGUCCACUAUGAAUACGUCAUCAUGGGGACCAACGCCAUCAGCCCACAGGUGCCUCCUCACAGGAGACCAGGAGAGCCCUUCAAUGGCCAGCUGGGAACAGAUGGAAGGAGCCAGGAGGAGGGAGCAGAGAAAGAGGGGGCCGAGGAGAAGGAAGAUGUGCAUGGCGGCACCCCCGAAGUAUUCACCUCGAAAUCGGCACAGACCUUCCCAGUCAGGCAUCCAGAUGGAUUUUCCUCCCACCGACCCGACAAUCUGGUGCCAGUGGCCCCGCAGCCCCCAAGGCGAAGCCGGGACCACAACUGGAAACAGCUCGGGACCACAGAAUGCUCCACGAGUUGUGGGAAAGGAUCGCAGUUCCCUAUUUUUCGCUGUGUACACAGAAACACCCACGAAGAGGUUCCCGAGAGCUACUGUGACUCCAGCAUGAAGCCUACCCCUGAGGAGGAGCCCUGCAACCUCUUCCCUUGCCCAGCUUUCUGGGACAUCGGAGAGUGGUCCGAGUGCAGCAAAACCUGCGGCCUGGGCAUGCAGCACCGCCAGGUCCUGUGCCGCCAGGUGUACGCCAACCGCAGCCUGACAGUGCAGCCGUACCGCUGCCAGCACCUGGAGAAGCCCGAGACCACCAGCACGUGCCAGCUCAAGAUCUGCAGCGAGUGGCAGAUCCGGACGGACUGGACCUCGUGCUCAGUGCCCUGCGGAGUGGGGCAGAGAACCCGAGACGUGAAGUGCGUGAGCAACAUCGGGGACGUGGUGGACGACGAGGAAUGCAACAUGAAGCUCCGGCCCAACGACAUUGAGAACUGCGACAUGGGGCCCUGUGCCAAAAGCUGGUUCCUCACCGAGUGGAGUGAACGGUGCUCAGCAGAGUGUGGGGCUGGAGUGCGGACACGCUCCGUGGUGUGCAUGACGAACCACAUCAGCAGCCUGCCCCUGGAGGGCUGUGGGAACAACCGGCCUGCGGAGGCCACCCCUUGUGACAAUGGGCCCUGCACGGGCAAGGUGGAAUGGUUUGCAGGGAGCUGGAGUCAGUGUUCCAUCGAGUGUGGGAGUGGGACCCAACAGAGGGAGGUGAUUUGUGUUAGGAAGAAUGCGGACAUCUUUGAAGUACUGGACCCCUAUGAGUGUUCCUUCCUGGAGAAACCCCCCAGCCAGCAAUCGUGCCACCUCAAGCCUUGUGGGGCCAAAUGGUUUAACACAGAAUGGAGCAUGUGCUCCAAGAGCUGCCAGGGUGGCUUCCGGGUCCGCGAAGUGCGCUGCCUGUCAGAUGACAUGACUAUAAGCAACCUCUGUGACCCGCAGUUGAAACCAGAAGAGAAGGAAUCUUGUAACCCUCAGGACUGUGUCCCUGAAGUUGAUGAAAACUGCAAGGACAGGUACUACAACUGCAACGUGGUGGUCCAGGCGCGACUCUGUGUCUACAACUACUACAAGACCGCUUGCUGCGCCUCCUGCACGCGCGUGGCCAACAGGCAGGCGGGCUUCCUGGGGAGCAGAUAACAGCCCCGCCCCCACGCUGCAGCAGGGGAGCGGGUCAGGGAGGCGGGGAGCCGUGGGGCCAGGGGCUCCUGGGUACCACCCUCCCCCACCCCGCAGUGCUGCCAGCGGGCGUAGUCAUCACCCCACCUUCCACAGAGCGCAUCCAUGUGGGGCCCUGGGGCCAAGCCACGGUUGUCCUUUAGCAACACCUUAAACCGAGGAUCCCUGCUUGGGAACCCUGGCACGUGGUGCUGUGCUCUCUGAAACCUAAGCGGUGGGGGUGCUUGGAGCUCUCCGUCAACUCCCCUUCCAGCACUUUCUAAGUCAGCAGGUGGGCCCUAAUGGCGCACUGCCUCAUCUGUGGUACUUCUGGCCUUUUCAACAUCGGGGUCCCUUGGAGAGUCCAAGAGGUGGGUCCCACCCCAGAGCACUGUGGAGCCUCGCUGAGACACCUGCUUCCCACUCUUACCUCAACCCCAUGGUGCCUAUUUUCAUGCUCGGAGACAUUACGCUUUUUCCUGCUUUGUGACACAAAUAUCUCCUGUCAAAUAGUGCUUUCUUAUUUCGCAGGUGUAUUCACAGAUAAUAGAUCAUUAGCGGCUCACAAAGCCCCAGAAUGGGAGCCAGGGACUGAAUCACUAUCCCCAUUUUACUGACAAGGAAACGGAGACGUGAUUUAAGGAAUUGACCUGCCCGGUAUAUUGACCUGUGGGGUGGCAGGGUUGAGUCUGACCACACAACUCACCCGCCCAGAAGCCUUAGAUCUUCAUUUCAGACCAAGCGACUAAGAAAUUUCCCCACUCAGUAAUCAGAGCCCAGCUCUAGAAUUCUUUCCUCUGGCCAGAGGUCAAGAGGGUCCCCAUAGGACUCCGUUGUUUUACCAUGUUUCUUUCUGUUUCUGUCUUCCUGGACAAGGUCACAGAUACUGGUUAUAGGACUCUGUGCAGGUUUUGUUAAACCCCGUCCUUAAAGGAAUUGUCCUUGACACAAGAAAGCCUUUGGGGUAGCAAGGUGAUGCCUGAUACUCUGAUUCUGUUCAUUCCCCCAGUGAUAUGUGCCCCCCAGGGAACUGCACGCCAGGGGCCCUCUGGCCACAGAGCCUGUCUGGUCUCCGUGCCCUGGGCUCUCUCGGGCCCACAGCCCCCUUCCCUGGGCUGUGCGCCACCCAGUGGAACGUCUAACCGACCUGUCUCAGCAUAAAACCUGUGUUUAUAUUAGAAAGUCUCCCUUUGGUUUUUCCCAGUUGCUUUAUGGAUUUCUGUUUGUGAUUUCUCAUUCCUCCCUCCCACCACCACCCCCCUCCCGCCACUAUGACUCGUGACCUAUAUCCCACAGUCCCAGACUCAGCACUAAGAUCUGCAUUCAUGCCACUAGCCGGUGAGGGGGUUGGGGGGAAUGGGCUCCUCCAGUGACAGCCACAGUGGCUGGGUCUUCCCCAGUGCCCUUCACCUAACUCUGCAGUUCCAGGGGCCUCGGGGUACAAGGGGGAUACAGUGCUCAUUGAAAGGCAAACGAUCUGAAAAGUCAAUUAAAAGGAAAGAGUAGGGGUGUGUGUGUGUGUGUGUGUGUAUACAUACACACACACAUACAGUUGACCCUUGAACAACAUGGGGGUUCAGGGUGCAAACCACCCCCUGCAGAGAUGAAAAUCCAUGUAUAAUUUUUGACCCCCCCCCAGAAACUUAGCUCCUAACAGCCUGCUAUUGAUUGAAAACCUUACCAAGGACAUAAUCAAUCAAUACAUAUUUUUAUAUGUCAUACGUAUUAUAUAGUGUAUUCUUAAAGUAAGCUAGACGAAGGAAAUGUCAUGAAGAAAAUCACAAGGAAAAGAAAAUACAGGUACAGAGCUAUGCGGUAUUUAUCAGAAAAAAAA